AUGGCUGGACAAAUAUCAGAAUCAGAUCAGAUCAAGAAGUUCAAAGAGUUUCUCGGAACAUGCAAUAAACUUACAGAAAACUGCUUCCUGGUCUGCAUAAAGGACACUAGCAGAGAUGUUAAACCAGAAGAGAUGACUUGCUCAGACCACUGCCUACAGAAAUAUUUAAAAACGGCACAAAGGAUCUCCAUGAGAUUUCAGGAGUGCCAUAUUUCAGCAGAAUGA